GGCAGAAGUUGUGACAGAAUUUUACGUACUCUCACUCCCUUAAGCUGUCCCACGUCUCUUCCUAUGUUGGAUUUUGGCCCUCACCCUAUAUAUCUAUACACAACUUAAGGAUGUGUGUGUAUGUAUAUAUAAUAUAUAUAUAUAGACGUGAAUAUAUAUAUAUAUCUAGAGAGAGAGAGAGAGAGAAAGAGAGAAAGAUUGUCGGUUGAGAAGGUGAUAUGUAAAAGGGGGAAGAGAAAGAAAACAUAGAGAAGAAGAAGAAGAAGGAAAAAGAAAGAGAUAGAGAGAGUGGACUCAAAGGUCUUAAUCUGGAUUUUAAAAAAAAUAUAUAUAUAUAUAUAUAUAUACAGAGAGGAGAGUGGGGAAGGGGAGAAGAACAUAGAAACUUUUUAAUUAAGAGAUCAAUUUAUUUGCCACGCCCCGCCAGUAGUUACAUCAUCUACAAAAUAACAAAGAAAAAAAAAAAAGAAAGAAAGAUAUCAUCUGAGCAUGGAUUGGAAUAGCAACUUAAGACUUGUUUCAAGACCUGAAUGUUCUUAUGGCUUCCUUUACAACUACAACUAUGAUCAGUACCAGGGUAUGGAUAUGAAACAUCAUCAAGCAGCUUUAAUGGCGGAGACAACACAAGGGUUAGGGCUACUUGGAGUUCCAUCAAUGGAGAAGAUGAAUGGUGGGGGUAGUAGUGGUAACACUGGUAACAGUAGUUAUGGGAUGAUGAUGAGUAAUCAGGACAAGAAGAAGAGACUAACGACAGAUCAGUUGGAGUCUUUGGAGAGAAGCUUCCAAGAGGAGAUUAAGCUUGACCCUGAUAGGAAGAUGAAGCUGUCUAGAGAUUUAGGCCUUCAGCCUCGCCAAAUAGCUGUUUGGUUUCAGAAUAGGCGUGCUCGUUGGAAAGCUAAGCAGCUCGAACGCUUGUAUGAUGCUCUUAAACAAGAACUUGAUGUCAUGUCUAAAGAGAAACAGAAGCUCCAAGAAGAGGUAACGAAACUGAAGGGGAUGCUAAGAGAGCAAGGAGGUGGGUGGAAGCAAGUGUCCACCACAGGUGGUUACACUGAAAUUUCCGGUGAAGAGACGGUGGAAAGCACGUCGGCCGGAGGUAUUCGAAGCAGUAGCAAGUCACUAGGAACGAACCCCUUGGGUGGUGGCGGCGGCGGUGGUGGUGAGUGCAGUCAUCACAUUCUCAAUGUGGAGGAAUACAACCCUGUAUCACCACCUUACUGGCUCCCUUCUUAUCCUUAAUUACUUAAUUAUAUAUAUAUAAUCAAAUCCUUAGUUAUAAAUUCAAAUUAAGCUGUUAAUAAUAAUUAACGAAUUAUUAUUAGUCUAAGUGAUGAUAUAUUAUUAUCGUAAUCGCUUUUUUUAUAAUAUAUUAUUAUAUAUUAAUCAAUCAUUUUCUAGCUACGCAGCUCUCUCCCCCUUGUAAUAUGAUUGAUUAAGUAAUUGACUUAUUAUUAUAUAUAUAAAUCUAUAUCUAUUGCAUGUAUUCUACUA